AACCGAAAUCGAUUCUCCUAAACGCCUUAGUUAGUUCGAGUAUUCGAGCCUUCCUUCUCCCAGAGGAAGGCGAUCCCGCUCUGACCGAAUUAUGGAACCCGAAUUUGAUUCCCGGAACCAUGGGGACCACGAAAUCAUGGAGCCCAAAUUUGACUCGCGGUCCCCAAGCCCUAGUUUCCCAACGGGAGUCCAGGACGUUCCUAUCCUAGUCUCGCGAUAUUAUCAUGAAGCCACCGCGGCUGACGACGACGAUGAUAUCGAUGGCACGGACCUCGGUGUUUCAACCAGAACGGCUGUCGACCGUCGCAGAACAGACGGCCGUCGCAGAGCAGACGGCCGUCGCAGAGCAGACGACCGUCGCACAGCAGACGGCUCCCGAGUGAUAAACGGCGCGCGACCGCACUGGUCUGACUCCGAGGUCAUGCAGCUCGUUCGGGCGUUCGUGGAGCUCGAGCGCGAAUACGACGUCAGACGCUCCAUUCACGGCGUGAUUCACGGAACUAACUACUACAAUGAGCUACAUUUCCUGCUCUUACAUAAGCAUCCCGAUUUCCGCCACUCGCAGGCUGCCGUUAAAUCGAAGCACCAGCGCAUGAAGGAUAAGUUCUACCGGCUGCAGGACCGGCUGGAACGGUCGGCCGUUAGUCGGACCGGUAGACGGCCGGACCCGUUGCCGGAGUGGUAUGUGCUGAUGGGUCCGGUGAUGGAGAGAGACGUGCGCAACUGGCGGCCAGAGGCUCGCCAAGUGCUGGCGUCGAGCUUGAGAGGUCAUUUGGCAGCAGCAGCAACAGCAGGAGCAGCAGCAGCAGAGGAUGAGCUGGCACUAGGCACUACAAGCUACAGUGACUUGCUUCUAUUGAAUGGCACUCCAGCCUAUGCAUUCCCGGCUCUGCCAAGCCCGCCCAAUGCAGCAGACCCGAGCACGCUCCAGCUUGUGGCUCCAACACCCUCCACCGCUCGAGAGCCAUCAGCAGUGUAUGCACCAUCCACAGCUGCUAUAGCUGCUGCACCAGCCUCAGCUGCUCGACAGCCAUCAUCAGUGUAUGGGCCAUCUACACCUGCUGCAGCAACCACAGCUGCUGCACCGACCACAGCUGCUGCACCGACCACAGCUGCUGCACGAUCCCAAACGGCUGCAGCACCAAAGACAGCUUCUGGCCCAUUCACAGCUGCCGGCUCAACGACUCCAGCACCAUCCGUAGCGGUUCCAAAGACAGCAGCAGCAGCACCAGCAGCUACUGCCGCAGCACCAGCUACCGCAGCAGCAUCAGCAGUCCCCGCUCCCCUCCCUGUCGUCCCUGUCGUCCCUGCAGCCCCUGCUGUGGCAGCUGACGCGUCAGGGGGUAUCUACCUGCAGUCGCUGCGGGCCGCCACCAAUCCACGCUCUGCUCGAGGCGGAAGGCUGAUGUCUCCCCCUUCUACUCAAAACGGGAGGCACAUGCCCUCCCCUUUUGCUGCUCCGGAUGGUUUGCGGAUGUCCUCCCCUUCUGCUGCUCGAGGCGAUCGGCUCAUACCCCCCCCUUACACUCAAAAUGGUCAUUAUGAGAGGCACUCGUUCUCCCCUUCUGCUGCUCGGGGUGAGGGACUGGUCUCUCCUCCCCCUGCUCGCCCUGAUCGACGCUUGUCGCCCUCUUCUGCCCGACAAGGGAGGCGGGUGGCAGCAGUAGCUGCUGGUGGGGCUGCAGGGUGGAGGGGCAGGCGGGGGUGGGCAUGGCGAGAGAGGGGCGAGUUUGCAGCAGAUCCCGAGUCUGGCAGUGCACGCAUGGUGCCUGGAAGGGAAGAUCACAUGGCUGGCAGAGUGGAUGACUUCAUGGAUGUCAAUGCAGACCAGAUGGGUGCUGAGAGCCUGAGUGAUGUGAUGGAGGAGGCGGUGGAGAGUGCGUGUGCGGAGUUUGAGGGACUUUUGUCGGAGAUGGCAGAAAGGGCGUUCUUCCAGUUCAGGAGAGAUGUGAGAGAGUUUGCCGAGGCGUGGCUGGCCGGGCAGGAGAAUAAGAGGAGAAGGUACUGACUGGGGCAGCGAGAGUGAGUGGGUUUGGGGUGAUAUACCUCAGCGUGGAGAUCCCACUUGGCGUGCUUCCAGUUCAGGAGCGCUGCAAGGGAGUUGGCUGAGGCAUGGAAAGCAGGGCAAGAGAAAAAGAGGAGGUAGUGAUAUAGUUGUGAUAAAAACGUACUUAAGAGCUACUGGAGGGAGCGAAAUUUUCGACAAGUACACAGUUCAUCUUGCAGUGCGGCAACCAAAGUGCAAUCAAAAUCGCGCACCAGCCUGGCGGUGCCAACAGGACGAAACACAUUUCCCUACGAUAUUUCUUCGUCGAUAAGGGGAGGAUGCGAUUGGUCUACUGCUCGACCAAUGAAAUGGGCGCAUUUUUUCAUCACGUCAGAAGUUCCAAUACUGCAACGAGCUCUGCGGAAUCAUCAAGAAGUGACACUAUCGGACUUCCAUAAAUGAAGGGGAGGAGAGUGGUGUGAUAAAUUCGUAUUGAGACAUGACCUCAGAGGAGUGUGUAGUGCAGUCUAUAUCAGCCUUUUUACGCUGAUUCAGCCUUUUUUCAGACAUUUUGUUGGUACUAAGGCUGAACACUCAGCCUUUUUUGUUUAGUGGGCCCUGAAAAAUCAGCCUUUUUAUUUG